AGUCCGAUGGCCGCCGCCGGCGGGAGCAGCGUCGGAGGAAGCCGCCGCCACUGGUUGGAGGAGGAGCAGCCCGGCUUCCGCUCCGGCAUGCUCCAAAAGAUCACCAUCAAAUUGGCCCCAGUUUAUGAGCCUAGGUAUGCCCCUUAUUCCAAGGAGGUCCAAACAUUUGUUGCCAAAUUUGAGGAGGAUGCCUUCAGUGGGACCAACAGUAAGGAAGACUACAUGAGAAAUAUAUCAAACAAGUUGCUCAUUAUUGAGAAAAGAAAAGAUGAACAGGUACGGCGGCAAAUGCAGUCGUGUUGCAACUUGCAACGGCCUAAUGCACCUCAGGCUUUACAGGGAGACAAUUCUUCUGUCAUACCAGAGGCGGUGAUAAUGGCUAGUCAAAGGCCAAGUUCUCAGUCUAUGACACCUAAAACUUCAAGCCUAGUGCCCAACCAGCACAUGGUUUACCCUUCCACACCAAACGCGCCGAUUGGGAUUGAGCAAAAGCGCCCUGGCAUGAUGAAAAUCAUGGAUCGAUGUCUAAACUUCCAACCCAGCACAGCGAUUGCUACAAGAGGGCCAGGUGUCCAACCCGGUCUGCAGCCGAUGCAAUCAGCAGCCAGCCAGAGUCAGAGCCAAUAUCCAGCCAGGCAACCAGAGGCUAUAAACAUUGUAGGUUGCACCCCGACAAGUGUGCCAAAGCCAGCUAUUCGUCCAUACUCUCAGCAAAAUCACCUACUUGGUAUUGGUAGGCAGCAGCAGCAGUUGACAAGGAUGAAUCAACAAACUUUGGGAGCCAACCAACAAGAGUUGGACAUGCAAAGGCACCAAAUUCUUGGAGCACAACAAAGCGAUUCCUCUAAGUCUAAGUUACAGGCUAGUCAGCUUGGAGGACGGAAUAAUCAGCAGGAUGCUAGGCAGAGAGAUCUGCUACAUUCGCCAUUCAAGGCAUGUAAACCUGAGCUUAUGACUACCCCUCUACUACAGAUUAGCGGUGCUCAACAACACACUUUGAUUUAUCAGAACUCUCAGGUUCCAGCUACCAUGGGAAGUGCUAGAGAAUGUGACGUAGUGGAUAAAAUGUUUUGCCAGAUCAAGUCUUGGAAGGAUGCUUAUUAUUCGCAGUUUGUCGAACUGGAUCAUAGAUUCGCUGUUCCAGCACUAACAGAGGAGCAAUUCUCGUCGCUAUCCGUAGAGAAAGCUAAUGCAUACAGACGAAGAGUAGGUACCAAGAAACUAAUCAGAGAGAUACUGAAACUCUUGCAGUUGAGGAAAAGUGAUGUGCACGAGGGUUUGAAGUUGGAGUUCCCCAAGUACGAAAAACACAUACAUAAUUUUUUGGGUUUUAUUGAGAAGACUAAAGCUCGCGAUGCAAAGAUGAAUAUAGGAUAUCAAUUGCAGAAUUAUGAUGAGCAGUCUCAAGUCAUAAAUCUUACUGGCAAUGCAUCCCCAAUCACUGGUGGUAAAAGUGCACAGCAAAAGCAACCUGCAGAUGCAAGCAUUUUGCAGUCAAAUCAAACAACUAAGGCUAGAACACCACCAGCUCUUCAACAUAACAAUGGCAACCACUUGCUAGGAAUAGCAAGCCCUUCCUCGAUCAGCUCAUUAGGAACAUUGCAGUCUUGGUCUACGAGUAUGCUUGAGUGCUUGAGCCCCUCACCAGUUACCAUGCCGGUGGUAGCACCAGCUUCACCCGGUGCUCCAGUGAUGUCCACAUCUUCAAAGGACGUCGACAGCACAUCUGCCUUACUGUUGCACGACAAUGCAGGAGCAGCAGCAUUAAAAGCAAAUAGUUCUAACCAAGUCACUCCUAGUAAACUGACAAUGUCAGCCGCACCACUUCAGGCAGAGAUAGCAGCUGGUCAAGAAGAGGAUCAGGCGCGAGGUGGAGACAGAACACUGGUGACUAAGAAGCCCAUCGAUCGCCUAAUUGAUGCGAUGAGGUCUUCAUCACCAGCAGCGCUACGAAGCUCAGCUAAUUCAAUCUGGUCUGUCCUUAGCAUAAAUGACAUUGUAACAAGUGGGAAAGUUGGCACAAUUUUAGAUUGCAAAUCCUCUCGACAGCAGCAACAGGGUGAACCUAAUGCUGUGAACAAAAUGAAGCGUGUCUUCAAUAAUACAGCAUCACACUCUGAGUCGAUACUAUCGGGAAAUAUUGAUAGCAGUUGGAUGCCAUUUGAGUGCGACUCCUCUGAUUCCAGAUCCACCAGCAAACUAAGCAUCAAGAGGCAGAAAAAAGAGAAUGCUUAUGUUGCUCUUUUGGAAGAGAUUAAAUCUAUCAACAGCACACUGAUCGAUACAGUAAUCAGCAUGUCUGGUGACUGUGGAACAGAUGGGAUUUCCUCCUACCAUGGUGGGGCAAUGAUCAAACUUUCUUACAGUGCCGUGUCCAUUUCGCCUAUCGUGAAAUCACUCUUUGCAACAUCUGAAAUGUCCCUUGUCUUGCCUGCAAAGCUAUUCGUCCCCCCAGAUUAUCCACGUAGCUCUCCGGUGCUUAUUAAUGACGGAGGAGAUGAGGUGCUAAGGAAGAAUUCCAGUGCCAUCGCGAUCUCGGUAGACAUGGCGUUCCGGCAUGCCCUCGCUGAUCUCUCAGAACCCUGGUCAAUCAAAGAGACGGCCAGGGCAUGGGAUGCAUGCGUGCGGAAGGCCAUCACAGAGUUUGCACACCGUCACGGCGGAGGGACGGUUAGCUCGAUGCUUGGCCGGUGGGAGAGAUGUGCCGCCACAUGAGAAACAGAGCAUAUAUAGGCUUGUUUGAUGUAGAACAGAAAAAACAGUAGGGUGAGUCCAUAAAGGUAAUCCUAGUAAGGUGAGGGACAAAAUAAGGGGGAUCAAUUCAAUAUUAUUUGGUAUGGUGCAGUGCUAUAACUUAUAGGGACUUCGGUUUCAACAUAUGGAGGUCGAUGUAAAAUGUUGUUUUGGAAGGGGUAGAUGGAAAAUGGUGAUCAGUAGUGAAUGAUAUUUUGACUAGGAGAAAUAUUGGCAACUGUAAACUAUGAAAUGAGGAACGAGAAAAAUGAGUAAAUUGUAAU